AUGGCCUCUGUCUUUGCCGACUUCAAGGCCGGCCAUGCCCAGCGGUCAGGCCCGCGCUUGGCUGCUGCGCUGACCCCCGUCGCCACUGCAAAUGACCGGAAUCGCCUAAUGGAUUUCUACCAGAUGACAAACAGCGCGCACUCUGAAGAGGAUAUCCGCCACCAUCUCCUUCAUGAUAAACGCACGGGAACAAAAUUGAACAAGCAGCAAGGCAACGCCUGGGUCCAGGUCUUCAAUGCUUAUUGGAUAACGAUCUCGGAACUAGUCCAAGUCCAACAGGGCCAAGGCAGUUGGCUGAAAGUGUUUGAAGCGUGGAAAGAACUCACGAACCAAUUGAUCCGGGGCUAUUCAUCCAACCACUUUGCGGCAUGGACGAUACAUUGCCUCUAUGUUGCGGGAAAGUAUCUGCGCGCCUUCGCCAUAAAAGCAGAUUCUGUUUCGGAAUCGUCCCCAAACGCAGGCGCUUUCGGGAACGGGUUUCAAGACGAUGUCGUGUCAAACGUAGAAAAGAAUGCUAACCUAGAGGAUGCUGCGAGAACAAUCAAUCGGAUGUUCACGCUUUGCUUGGGUGACCGCUCCCAUGGAAGAGUCACGGAAAUGGGGCAUAUACGAGACUACCAAUCUAUUGUUCAAAACUUAAAUCAAGUGGGACUUUCCAAGAAUGUUCUACGUGCUCUAUAUGCGUCAUCGGCCGACCUGCCGGAAUUCGACCAGUUCCCCAAAUCGCACAUUGUAACUUUUAAUUAUUAUGUCGGGCUCAUUCAUUUCUUGGAGGAGAACUACAAAGAAGCCGAAGAAAGCCUUACGCAAGCUUGGCUUAUGUGCAAAGCAGAUGCUUGGAAGAAUAAAGAGUUAAUUCUUACCUACCUGAUUCCCUGCCAUCUUGUCACCACCCACAGACUACCAAGCCGAGAACUCCUUGCUCCGUUCCCUCGCCUAGAACAGCUCCUCCGACCACUUUGCGAUUGCAUCAAACAAGGAAACCUCGUUGGCUUUGAUAACGCCAUGUCUGCCGCAGCGGACCAAUUUGUUAAGCGUCGGAUAUACCUGCCACUCGAAAGAGGCCGUGAUCUCGCCCUCCGAAAUCUAUUUCGGAAAGUCUUUGUCGUCGGUGGAUUCGAACCGAGUAAAGAUGGACAACCGCAGAUCCGACGAACACGUGUGCCUUUGGCUGAAUUUGCAGCUGCUUUGCGUAUUGGCACAAAAGCCGAUGAAAAGUCUCGUAUUGACAUGGAUGAAGUGGAGUGUCUGUUGGCCAACAUGAUAUACAAGAACAUGAUGAAAGGUUACAUCUCACGAGAAAGAGCCACGGUCGUGCUUAGCAAAUCAGGAGCUUUCCCUGGUACAGGGGUCUAG